AUGAUUGCCCCCAAGGAAGUGGAUUCUGCCAGCAGAUCGGCAGCGAAUGGUUCGCAAGGCCCGACGUUUUCCAAGGUGCAGGCGCCCAGUGAGCUGGACUUGAAGGCCAUGCUGAAAGCUGCUCUGUUCGGAGGGCCCAGUGCUACGGUAAGAGAUCGAAGCGCAACAUUCGAACAUGCCAAGUAUGCCAAACAUUUAUCUUCAUUUUCUUUGUGCAUGAUCUUUGGCAGCUUGAAAGCUCGGAAAUCUUCGGAACGAAGAUGUGUUUCAGAAAGUGUUUCCUGUGGUGCUUCUGGAACCACAACGAUCCCCCGCAGCCACUUCAAACCUUCCCGGCUGCUGUGGGAUGGCAAGCCCAGCCCAAGGCGUGAGGGUUUUGGCAUCAUGACUCCGAAGCGCAAGGCAGCGCGCCGCGGAGCAAGGUCCAAAGCCAAGUCCAAGCCACAGAAAAACUCCCAAGCAGAUGGCGAAGCAACAGGAGCUUUCAUCCUCAAUGAGGCGCAGAGGCUGCGGAUGGAUCCGCAGCACGUGGCCCAAGGGGUUCAACUGCUGGAGGAAGACAUGGCCGUGCCCUUCAUCGCCACAUAUCGCAAAGAGGUUACAGGCCAGAUGACCACAGAGCAGUUGACUGAGCUCGACAGGAGACUUCGCACACAUCGCAUUGUGGAGGAGAAGCGUUGGCUGUUGGCCCUGGAGUGGCGGCAGAAUGGGGCACUCACUUCGGAACUGGAAGAGAGUUUACGCCUGUGUGACAGCUUGCAGGAUCUUGAGGACCUUCACGCUUCGGCCCAGCGGCAGCUUGCGCUGAGUCGCGCGUGGAUCCGGAUCCAUUGGAUGCAUUGGAUCCACAGGAUCCACCUUCCUCCAACAAGGAUCGACUCUCUUCGCCGGACAUCGCUGAACAUGGAGGUCGACAAACCGCCCCAGAUGACCAUUUGGAGACCCCACGCAAGACCCUUGCACGGCCUCGACGUUUGGAUCUCCCAGCGACCCCGGCUGAAAAGUGGCCGGGCGAAGAUGUGA